UUGUCACAAAUUACCAGAAACACAGAAAUUACCCAAGUUGAUUAGGUUAAAGGUUUUUUUUUUCACAACAAAUUAAUUACAAUGGUUUCGAAUAUUAUUAAUCGAUUUAAUACUGCACUGCAAAAAUUUAAUCACUUUGUAGAAUUAAUUUUUAGAGGCGGUUAUCCUCCACAACUGUGUGCAAUUGAAUUUAAUCAUCAUGUCAGAAAUCAGGAAUCAUCUGCUGAAAGAAAAUCAUUUUCGUUAAAAGAGAUACUAGACAAUGGAUUUUUAUGGGCCGUUCCGAAACAUAGACGAUCGAUAGAAAGACGUAUGAUGCGAAGAUACGGUUUUCCCGAGUAUUGUUGGAAACUUUUGGAACCAAAGAACAAUUUAAUAAUGUGUCCUAAUUGCGGUUACGUUCAUGAAAUUGGAAUUCUUUGCGUCCACUGUUAUGAGAAAAUAAAAAAGGAAACGAAGGAAAUGAGUAAUGCGAUUCAGAACGAUUUGAAAUUGGAACCUGUUGAUAGGGAAGUUAUUGUUCUUUAUGAAAAUGACAAUAAAUCGAAAGAUUUCUGGAAGAAUCAGCGAAUAGUUGAAUUACCGAAAAAGAGACCAGAAUGGUUUCAUCAAAAUUUAUUGCAACCAACAACGCAAGAACUAUCAGACAGUAAAGAAGUGAAACCAGCAAACAUAGUGUAAGUGUUUUUUUAAAUGAUAACAGUAGAUUUUUAUACAAAGUUGAAAUUUAUUCAAUUUUUCAAGAAUUGUCUAUAUUAUAAGCUAUUUGUAAAGUAUAAAAAAUAAAUAGAAAUUACAUACCUAA